AUUAUUCACGGUGUCGUCCCGUCGUCUGUGAAAAAAACCAGAAAGCGAGGUUAAAAAGUACUUUCCGUUUGCGGAUGUUUCUGCUGCUUUUUUGGCUGCCGGAAACAGUGACGCGCUCGGCGGAUAGGCUCAGUGCACUUGGUGGCCCCUCAGUUCUUUCUCUGCUUUAUUAUUGCAACUGCCACGUUAGGUAACGGAAAGCCAUGGAACUAACCCUGAAAACGACGCUCGUGUUCAUCACAGUUUCGUGCUUCCUUCUCCUCGGCGCCCAAGGUGCUCCAACCAAGGGCAGGUACAUGAAGGUCUCCUGCAAGCCAGACGCAAAAAACGCCAACUGUAAUGUUAUAAAGGGCCCGCUGAUCGAUAUCCCCAACAGCAGAGAGAAGUUUAAAUUCAGCCAAGACCCUAUGGACGAGUCAUCCGGUGACGGGUCCGGAGACAGCCAGUCCUUCACGGGCACUGGAGGCCAGCCGGCUGCUGAACGAAAAGUGCUGUCAGUGCUCUCACCAGCAGAGGGUAGCACCGAGCUUGAUGAGGGAAGCGCUUUGGGAAACGACUCUUCCAGCAUCAUCUUCCCUGAAAAGGAGCUAAAGAAGAACCUGCCAGCUGAGAAGGAGUUAAAAGAAGAAGGUUUCAUCCUGUAGCUGGCUAUGGAGAAACCAUCCGCUUCAUGUCAGUUUUCAGCACAGCAUGGAAAGUCGAUCAGCCACAUUGCUCAGGAUUAAAUUCUUAUCGAAAUGGUGUUUCCUUUACUCUCUUUAUUUUGGAGUCUGCCUAUUAUUUUUAAGUAAAACUUAUUAUAUAUUAUAUAUGAGACUACUUUAUAUUUUUGAUAAAUCUGGGAAAUAUACAGGUUAUAUUGUGCAUUUUUGAAAAUAUGCUUUUUCCCCCAAUGAAUUCUAUAAAGUUUAAUGAACGACAUAACCUUUAAUCUUUUCACUGUCUAUAUAUUUGGCUGGUGUGUCCAGUUAUGUAUGUUUUGGGUUUUUUUUUGCUCAAUAUUAUAAUUGACAAUAGUGUUUGCAGGCAUUACCUUCACCUGAAUGGAUCUGUAAGGACUAAUAUAACACCUGCAUGUAAACUUUACUUAUGCCAGUAAAAUAAAUUUACUAUAUACUCUUUUUAAUUGGCUAUUUCUGAAGAAUGAUUUAGAUGUUAUAAAUACAGUAUGCAAUUUAAUACAUUCUUUGUGAAUAGUAUCAAAUAUUUAAACCAAAAGGAUACUUAAUGUAAGAGCAAAAUUAAACUGUUUAAAUGUUGUUCAAGUUUUCAAGUUGCUGAUCUGCCGAUGUGUAUCUAUUCAAUAAGACAAAAUAAUAAGCACAUUUAUUUAUGUGCACUGUGAAGAGUGAAGGUUUCUGUAGUUGGAAUAGGGCUUGAUUGUUCUGUUUUGUUUGUAACAUUCUUCCACUGCGAAACGGCUAGUAGCCAUGAUGAUAAGCACUUCCUGUAAAGCUGGGGAGUUCCGUAAGCAAACUACAGAAGCACAUCACUGUUGGUACCAUUUAACUCUUACAUUUCUGUUCCCAAACUAGUUUUCCAUGCAGUCCUGGGUAUAAUUUUGUGAAAGCAUUGCCAAAGAAGAAAUCUGAAUGAUUGCAAUAUGGUUCUGUGGAAGAAAAAAGUUGUUUAUUUAAAUGUGGCUGACUCCUGUCCUAUCCCCCUGAGAUGAUUGUGGAGACAGGCAUUUUGUUACUGGACGAGUGGGUGACCAGUUAGUUCAUUUAUUGUUUGUCAUUAUCCUACUACAUCAAACAGCUACAUUUUCAAGUCUGCAGUUUCUUUCCACCAAAGUCUCCCAAUAUCUUCCUACCACUUUCCAAAGAAUUCUGGCUUUAUUUACAAGUAUAUGACAUUCAUUAAAAAUAAAUGACGUGCAAACUUU